CCUGUGUAACACAGUGCAAGUGCAAUCCUCUGAUACUACAUCAUGGUUGCAAAAUGGGUGUGCCCUCUUUGUCAUUUGAUCACUCGUCGUGUUGCGGCACUGAUUGUGUACUUUAUUAAAGUAUGCUUGCACCGGUUUCUACAGAAUAGAGAGCAAUGAGCUGAUAACGAACUGGCUGGUCGGUACUUCUGGGCGUUUUCUUUUUUCACAAAGGUAUUUCCAAAGGAAAAAAAGAAAGAAACUACUGUGAUUGCACCUCACAGUCAGAUAAUCUACCACGGGUUACUCAACAAACCUGUCAGGCUGGACGAGUCCAAAAGGGAAACUGUCAGGUAAAUAGCAGCUAUUUAGAUAUAGCAAUUUAUUCGCUAAAGACCUUUAGGAAGUGUAUGACCUGGAAUAUCAAGUAUGAUUUAUUUGAAAUACUGCAGCUGUGAAGAUCAGAGAGAGGCACGGUAGGAUCGUACGUUUGUGUCAGAAGCAGCUAACUGAUCUGUCAGCUGCAAAGAAUUUCUGUAAGCUGAGAACAAUGUCGCCAAGAAGGAGUGGAAGGUAAUUGAGAUAGUGAGAUGACAUGCAGGGGAGGGAACAAAUGAAGACCUACAGCUCCUGAGAGCUUUUGAGAAGCCUCAUACUUGAGCCUGAGAGAUGAGACAUGCUGCUCCGGUGGGAGACCUGGGCAUAAAAUGUGCUCAGGACUGAACUUGUGAACCCUGAACAGACUUUUUCGCCGAAACAAUUGUCUGCAACAUCAACAGCAGGAUAUCAUAUGUGUUCUGGGCAGCUCUUGGACAUAUUGUGACUUUUUACCAGAGGGAUGAAUGAAAUCACUUAAACCAGAAACAAGGGUGAUAUGAGCCGGCCUGUGUUAGUCUUGUCGUCAGACAACAGGAGUCAGUAGUGGGAACUUUGACAGGUAUCACUUAUUCCCAGAGACACACCAGGCUGCGGUCAUGUCGAACUCCCAAGAGCAGAGCCUUGAUGAGAAUGCAAUGUUCCUGCCGGUGAACGAGUCCUCCCCGGAGUUCAUCCACUGUGAGAAGCAGCGUCAAGCAGUGGAGAGACUCCUAAAUGCAGGACCAGAGGCCUUCUACAGCUCCAUCGGCACAGAGUGCUCCAACUGCUUCUUGUCUUCUGAGGAGGUCAGCCAGAUAACCAGCUGGGCUCAGGACUACCGCUUUAACCCGCCACAGGUGCAAAGUCAGGAGAAUGGAGAGGAAGGCGGCUCAGAGAUGGAGGACGUCUGUUCUACCUACUUCCCUUCCCACUCAGACACACCAGCCCCGGCCCUGGACCUGGGCUGGCCUGAAAAAGGCCCCUGGGUGCCAAAGGGAAGCGUUACAGUCCACACCAGCCCCCCUGCUGACGGAGGACUUCCAGUCAGACAGAUCAUCAGAUGGCACUUGCAAAAGGCUCGCCAAGUUAUCGCCAUAGUGACAGACAGAUUGACAGAUGGGGCAAUAAUUGACGAUUUACACGAUGCUGCUUCACGGAGUGUCGCUGUCUACAUUAUCCUGAACCAAAGGUCCAUUCAAGAGAACUUCACGCUCAACAGGCUCAGGCAUCCGAACAUGCGGGUCCGUGUUCUUGGAGGGAAAACCUUCUGUUCAAGGACGGGAAGAACGGUGGUCGGGGAAAUGAAAGAAAAGUACCUUCUGGUGGAUUUAGAGACAGUUAUUCAUGGCAGCUACAGCCUCACAUGGACAGACGCCCACCUGCACCGGCAGCUGGUCACUGUUCUAAGCGGCCCAGCUGUUGAAUCCUUCGAUAGGGAGUUCAGGGUCCUUUUUGCGGCUUCACUUCCCGUCCCAGACACAUGGAGGGUUGCAGGUACUCGGGUAGAUGUGUCUCAUCAGCUAAAAGACAGCUCAGAUCUUGGGUUUAAAAGACUUCACCAUUUGGAGCCUGAGAUUACCAACCCUCCAUCCCCACCUGCCGAUUACCCCCUGGACUGGGAAGCCAUGGGGGUUAUCCAGAGAAACCGCUGCUUCCCAGACAGUCCUCUUGAUCAGCAUGAGGAAAUCAUGGCCAAGGAAAUACCACUGCAGAGCAAAAUGCUGUUCAUGAAAAACACACCCAUUGUGGAGGGUUUCACUAACAAUAGAAACCAGUAUGUUGAGAAGAAAAGGGUAUAUGAAAACACCUCUCCAGUGACAAACAAUGUGCCAGAUAGAUCAACAACUCUCAAAUAUUUUCCCAGGGAUCUUGAUCAUUUUCAUAGCAACAUGCAGCCUUGGCCAACAGACACGACAACUCAAGAAAGAAUGAAAAGGGUGGAACAUGUAAAAAAUGAAGCCAUUUCCAGGCAACUCUCCAUUGAGAAGAGCACCAAUGUAGAUGACCAAAAAACAACAAGACUUGAUGAUGAUAGACUUCAUAGAGCUACAGAACCAACACACAAAAUAUUCACACGGUCAAGGACGGAGGCCGUUUUGGAAGGCGAGAGCAGCGUAAAAGAAAUUAGCUCCGAAGUGGAGAACACACCAUCUUCUAGAAAGCCUAUACUCCUGAGGAUGCCGCAGGCUGAGAGCUUCAGCUCUCUGAGUGACCUCAUGAAGAAGAUUCCGUCUCGGCAGAGCACUUCAGGACUGCUCGGGAAAGGAUCAAAGGCCGCUGUAUCAGAACUGAGACAGUCCAUGGUGGAGCUGAGCAUACACAACCCAGAUGAUGCCAGAGUUCCGGUGCCAAGGUUUAAGGCCAGUUGCUUUGACCCGGAUUAUAUGACACCAGCUCUUGCCCUGAUGAAGAAGAGGAACGAUGACUUGAAACCUUCAUUGUACAGAACUCCAAAAAACGUUCUGCCCAGAGAGAGGCUUCGCAGCUCCAGUUAUGGACUCUGGAGGAGGUCACUGGCAGAGACGGAGGGAGAGCAGGAGUGAGGAGCGAGGAAAUAAACACAUGAGCAAUAUGUUCUGUGGUAACAUCUUAUGUCACCGAGGAAAGGCAGCUGCCAUUAGCUGAUAAUUACAACUUCUGCAGUGUUAAUUACUCAAACUAUGCCCCAAAACAGGCUGUGACUUUGAGAAUAAAAAUCAUUGUUACAUAUGCAGGAGUUACCAGUUCUAUCUGUUGAUUUACUGAAUUUGAUGGUUUUAUUUUUUACUAUACACAGUGUGUUUGAUGCAAGGUUUACUUUUGAAUAUGUUUAAAUAAAUAUAAUUGUUCUGUUAUUGCUGCUCACCAUGAAUAGUAUAAACUGUUUAACCACUGGAUGGCUGUCACAGAAAAACAAACAUUAUACAGUAUAUCAUGAUAAAGAAGGUAUGAGAUCAAUGUAACAAAUGGUUUUAAAGGAAGAUGCUGAGCAUGCUGAUAUGGUAACAAAGUAAAAAACAGGUACCAAUACACAGCCUUUAAAGUUAUACUUUAUAAGCCAAAAUAUAUACAUCUAAAUGAUUCAUUACAGCUAUUUCCCAGCAGUAAGCUAAGUUGUGGCACAGUGGAGAAAACUCUUUUAAAUCACAAUGUAGAGAAAUUCUGGGACAGACAACUAUUAACAAAUUAACAAAGAGACACAAUAUAUAAUGCAGCAACUAAAUAAGUGAAAUUGUGUAUAAAAAAAAAAGAAAGAAUAGAUCUUUAAACUGAGUUUUCAAUUUCUUUUUAAAGUUAUGAGCAGGGUUUGAAUGGCCACUAAAAAAAUGAGAAGGUACCAGAGUACUAAAGGUUUGCUGGAGAU